AUGCUAUCAUCUCUUAUCCUCGGCCUGCUCCCCGUCGUCUACGGCACAAUCCACAACGCCACAUACGGCGAAUACCCCGAUUGCGCCAUUACAUGUCUCUCCUACAACGGAACCGAAUAUCCCAACAACUUUGCCAACAAUUGCGACUACGCGAGCGGCGAAUGUUGCAUGAGUUCGUACAAAUCUAUCAUCACGGCGACGUGGGAGUGUGUUUGGUCACACUGCGGGAGGGAAGACUCUUUGGAAGCCUUUGGGGCAUUUGUCGACUUUUGUGAAGAUAUGGGGCAUCCACUCCGAAAGGAAGAUAUACCAACGGGGUAUGAAUCUGUUGCAGAAGAUGCCGACAAUGAGGAGGGCCAAGACAAAGACAAGCAUGACGAUGAUGAUAAUUUCGCUGGCACAGGCCUAUCAAAAGCCCAGCUUAUCGGCAUCGCGGUUGGAGCAGGGGUAACUGCAAUAGUAACAGCUAUUGGUCUUGCGCUCAAGUGCUGUUUUAAAGAGCUGUGGAAUAGUUGCCUGGGACGUGGCCGCUAUUGA